AUGUGGGGGAAUUGGGAAGGGAAUACAUUUCAGGAUAUUGACGUCUACAUCAAGAACAAAGAAAACUUUGAUUCCUUACUCAAAAGCUUGUCUGAGAACAAGCUCUGGGCAGACCUACCUCCAGAAAAGCGAGACGAAGCCAUGACAAAAUUGAAACACGAUGUUGUCUAUCAAACACUUCAAACAGCUAUUACCGAAAUCGAAGGUGAGCCAGCAAAGGUAAAGUGGGAGGCAGUAAAGAGGCAAGUCAGGAAGAAACCCGCUGCAAAAAAGACCACGCCGAAAAAGGUAGAAGAGUCAAGUGCUGAUGAAGAGUAA